AUGGCCACUGCCUAUUCUCCAGGCGAUCAGCUGCGGGAGAACGUCAAGAAACUUUCGGUGGCAGUCACGAGAGUUUCCGUAUCAGAAGAACGAAGUUUGAUUUCCAGUGUUUUACCUCUUGAAGCAUCUCACAUGAAAAUUCAAGUUCAGAAUUCUGGAGUCGCUGGUGGAUUCGAAUGUAUUGCCUUCGCACUGUUGCUUAGAAAAGAGGGAGUCAAUGGUUGUUUCAGUCAGUCAGUGACACAGAGCCCGACAAGGGUAACUGCGAAGGAGUGUCAGACUCUCGCCAUAACUUGUGUUUUUGAUGAUUACCAUUUUUUUCAUACUUAUCGUUAUGUGAGUGGACAAUUCUUCAGACAAACGCAAACAAUGACGGAGUGGGAGCAGGUCUCCGGCAGUGGGAGAUUUUCAAUGCUCUCAAAUGAAGCACCAAAGACAUUUUCGUUGGAAAUUCGGGAUGUCAGAGUUCAAGACGCCGCCACCUACUACUGUAAAGCUCGGUAUUCAAUGAGAGGAGUAACAUUGUGUAAUGAUUACUAUGCGGAUGGAUCUGGAACAGUGGUGACUGCCGAAGCUGAUUCCAAUUCCCUGGUGUCCCAGAUUCCGCCUCGACAAACCUCUGCUGCGGGUGACACCGUUACUUUAAGCUGCGACUAUUCAGGGUUCUGUCAGUACACAAUUUACUGGCACAGUCAGUCGUCAGGACAGGCUCCGAAAUACCUCCUUCAAAGAAACACAUCAGAAGAGCAGAGUGAAGAAACUGCUACUGGAGGACGAGCUUCUGCUUCUAUUGAUCAUUGGACUGAAGUCAGUCAGAUAAUUAUCUCUCGAAUACAACUCAGUGAUUCUGCUGUUCAUUACUGUGCACGGAGUCGGCGAUCAGCACACACAGUGAUACAGAGCACGGAGAGAGUUACACAAAAACCUGAACAUGGUGGGGAUUACCAAUACAGUGAUACAGAGCUGGAAAACAGCAGUACAAAAACCAAAACAUGGUGGGGAAUACCGACACAGUGA